UUCUCCUCUUCCUCUAUCUUUUGUCUCUUUCCUCUUCCCCUUUCUUCUCUGAAUUCUCCAUCUCAGAACUCUCUCUACCGGAACCUUAGUCACAGCGAAGCCCAUGACUUGAUCACCGGCAUCAACAGCACCACCACGCAAGGUCUUCCCGAUUCCCACCGCAAGAUUGACCCCAUCAGCGCCGUCAACGGACUCUCGCCCCUUCUCUCUUAAAUCAGAACCCACACGGUGGUGGUGGUGGUGCUUCGAUCUAGAUCUUGCCUUCAACGGAGGACUCUCUCAUCCUCUUUACCGCGGCGUUGUGGAUCGUGGCACGACAUUUGGAUUCAAAUAUUAUGAUAUGAUUUGGGGAAAUUGGAUUAGGAUUUUAGGGUUUCUUCGUUGAUUUUCGAUUCCGCCAUUGAAGGCAAAGAAAUCAAAUCCAUCACAGUACAACACAGCUAAAAAUCUCAAUGGGGAAGAACGAGUUCCUAACCCCAAAAGCGAUCGCGAAUCGGAUCAAAGCGAAGGGGCUCCAGAAGCUCCGAUGGUACUGCCAGAUGUGCCAGAAGCAAUGUCGCGACGAGAACGGUUUCAAGUGCCACUGUAUGAGCGAGAGCCACCAGCGUCAGAUGGAGGUCUUCGGCCAAAACCCGACCCGAAUCGUCGAAGGAUACUCCGAAGAAUUCGAAAGCACUUUCUUGGACCACAUGAAGCGUAGCCACCGGUUCAGUCGCAUCGCCGCCACCGUCGUUUACAACGAGUACAUCAACGAUCGCCACCACGUCCACAUGAACUCGACCGAGUGGGCCACGCUCACUGAGUUCGUCAAGUAUCUCGGUCGAACCGGCAAGUGUAAGGUCGAGGAAACCCCUAAAGGUUGGUUCAUUACGUAUAUAGAUAGAGAUUCGGAGACUUUGUUCAAAGAGAGAUUGAAAAAUAAGCGAAUCAAGGCCGAUUUGGCCGAGGAAGAGAAGCAAGAGAGAGAGAUUCAGAAACAGAUCGAGAAAGCCGCGGAGUUAUUCACCGAGCCUCCAAAGCCUCUCGAGGCUGAACCUGUUAGGGAAUUGAAACCCGAAGCUGGUGUCAAGAUCGGUUUGAAGCUCGCAUCGUCGAAUUUGAAGCCGAAAGAGAGGGGAGAGGGUUCGAAAUUGGUGUUUGAUGAAAUGGAAACCGAUAGCAAAGCCAGUGUGGCGAAGACUACGAAUAAUAAUAAUAAUUCGGUUUUGGGGGAGAUGAUGAGGGAGGAGGAGAUGAAGAAGGAGAGGAUUAAUAGGAAGGACUAUUGGUUGUGUGAGGGAAUUGUUGUUAAGGUUAUGAGCAAAGCUUUGGCCGAGAAGGGUUACUAUAAGCAAAAAGGGGUUGUGAAGAAAGUGAUUGAUAAGUAUGUUGGGGAAAUUGAGAUGCUUGAGAGUAAGCAUGUGUUGAGAGUUGAUCAGUUGGAGCUCGAGACCGUGAUUCCGCAAAUUGGGGGACUCGUGAAGAUUGUGAAUGGGGCGUAUCGUGGCGCGAUUGCCAAGUUGUUGGGGGUUGAUACGGAGAAGUUUUGCGCCAAGGUGCAGAUAGAGAAGGGUGCUUAUGUUGGUAGAGUGCUUAAAGCUGUUGAGUAUGAGGAUAUUUGUAAACUUGCCCAGUGAGUUUGAUUAGAAAAAUGAUAAAUGGAUUAUAUAUUGGCUAUGUUUAGUUGUUUGUCAAAAUUUCAUUCUGUUAAGAAACUUUAAUCUGUUGAAUGAAUGUAUGAUGUUUCUUGUGUUCUUAAA